AUGGAAUCCAAGAGCUCCGUUGAAUCGGUCGUUGAAUCGGUCGUUGCAUCGGUCGAGGAGGUGGAUGCAUUGCUCGCGCUCGUAGUCGAUGUGCUUCUAACCGUGUUCGAAGUUGUGCUCGCGGCAACAGCUGGGGCACCGAGCGCCACACCCGAAGUUGUGGUAGUAUCACUCGAGCUUGUCGAUCGCUUAGUAGUCGAAAAUGUGCUGGAAGAGGUAAUCAGAGCAGCCAGUUGUUCGAGAGCCAUCAGGCUCGAGGAGGUCAUGGAAGUGCUAAAGCGCGAAGACGCCGAGGAAGAGGUCGCCGGAUCACUCGAGGUCGAAGUUGUAGUCCUCCCCGAAUCACCAGAGGUCGACGAGGUUGUCGACCUGUCCGAAUCACCGGAGGUCGAUGAAGAAGUAGACCUGUCCGAAUCACUGUCUGAGUCACCGGAGGUUGAUGAAGAAGUAGACCUGUCAGAAUCACUGGAGGUCGACGAAGAAGUACUCGUAGAAGCCGCUGCCGCCGAAGUGGUAGUCGUUGUGACUGCAGCAUUCCCAGCUAUCACAACAGGGCUGAUCGAGACAGUGCUUGUGCCGCUCGACGACGAGGUCGAAGUAGUGGUCAGAGUUGAUGUCGCCAGUAGUGUUUCCAUUGUCGAGCCAGUGGUAGUCAUUGUCGACAACGAAGAAGUUGUAACGUCAGCAAAGAGAACCGCGGUCUCAGAGGUGGUCGUGAGCACGGACGUUGUUGUCGGGUCCACCGAGGUCGAGGAGCCGGAAGUAAUGGUCGUGAGCGUCAAGGUUGAGGAUGCAUCCUCAAUCAGAAGCUCCAACCCAGCGACAGAAGAGGUCAAGCUGAUGCCAGAUGUGGUCGACGAUGUAGUAGCGCUCAAAGAAAUGCUGGAGGUUGACGCAAAAGCGUCAUCAGCUAAAUGCGAGGCUGAGCUGGCUGUUGUUGUCAGAGUCGAGAAAGCCGAGCUCGAGGUCGUGGUGCCAGCCACGGUGCUGGUGGUCGAAGAUUGGACAUCGUUGAUAUCUGUGGCCAACGUGAAGGGCGUGCAUCCUUCAGGAAUGAUGAGAUCCCAAUAUGCAAAAAGCGUUGCGUUUGCGGAGACGCAGAAUUGGGCACUGCCAAAGCCAAUGGUACCUUUGGUGAUGUCCACAUUCCAGCCAACAUAG